AUGUCUUCACUCAGCAAGAACAAGCUCAAUCCUCAUAUUCCAACUGGUUUGCAAGAAGAAGAUGACAAAGUAUACGAGAAAAUAUUCGAAUAUCUUAAGGACAGUAAAGAACCAAUACCAAAAGUUGUGGUUAUAUCGGAUAUUCAAAAGGAUGUCGACGACCUUGUGGCAUGGACUAUGUUGGCAGAAAUGCAUCGACUCGGCGUUAUCGAAUUGAGGGGCUUCGUUACCAAUUUCGUACAUGCGAACAGACGAGUGCGAGCAGGUCGUGGUGCCUUAGACCUGUUGAAUCUCAAACAUAUCCCUAUUGCACAGGGGACGGAAGGAACAGAUGAUGUGAAGGACCUCACGCGUCAAAUCAGGGACUAUGAGUUUGAUAACUGCACUUUCAUGGCCGAGGAAAAGGAAGAUCGGCCGGAAGCCGGCUUCGAAUUACUUAAGAAGCUUUGCACUCAGGUCAAGCACGAUAAUGAGAAGUUGACUGUGCUAGCUAUUUCCAGUCAUCGAGAUCUACGGCAAUUUAUGGAACGAGAAGGCGAACUUGUCGCAAGUGCUGUGGAUAAAGUCGUUAGUCAAGGCGGAUUCUACGAAUUAGAAAACGACAAGGUCAGACCGAGAUGUGACGGAGCGAACAUCAAGUUCGACCGCGAAGCAGCGAAAAACGUUUACGCAUUUUGCGUAGAACAUAACAUCCCAUUGAGAGGGUUCACAAAAGACGCAACGUUCGUAACCCACAUCCCCAGCACGUUCUGCAAGAACCUCGAAGAAGAUGGCAGCGUCAUCGGCAAAUACAUCCAUUACGCACAAGUGGAAAUGGAUAAAGUCUUCUACGACGAAUCGUUCGAUCCUAAGAAGAAAUUCGCGGAGUUCAUGGAUCCUGGGUGGAUUCUCAAGAACAAGACUAGCUGGCCGAGGAAAAUUGAGUAUCCAUAUCCCCCGGUUGAGGAAGUCAUCCCGUAUUUUACGAAGCUCCUUGCUUAUGAUGCUUUGGCUGCAAUAGGUGCUGGUGGCGAUGCGUUCAUGGACGCGCUUGGUGUGCGGUACAAGGAGAAUCCUGCGGUCUUUGAGAGUGCGAGAAUCACGCGCACAUUCGAGUUGAUCAAAUGGACUGAGGAAGUUGUUGGUGAGCAAAUCGAUCCCAAGGAUGCGAAGAAAAAGAUCAAGAUUACUGAGAAAUUCGAAAUGUAUGUUGGACAAUGCAAUUUCGAUGAUCUCCCUACCGAUAUCGCCAACCCUGACCACGCAUUCGUCAAAACCAAAGACGGUGUCGUGCAUCGCUGGCAAGAAGAACACCUCGUCAACGGCAAAUUUGAGAUCUCAAAAUGCUCUAAAAUCAUCAGCCACACCGACCUAUCACUCGAAUCCAACGGCGACAUCUCAUACCACUGGCAAACGAGAACACUCGAGCUAGUCAACAAAUCACAAGUCAUCGGCAAAGCAAUCGUAGGUCCUCGAACCCAUCAGAACUACCAGGCUCCUAUACAGACUGGUCAAAAGAGGAUUGAUGGGGAUAAGAUGGCUAUUGCUAUUCGUGCUCUUACGAGGGGGUCGCUUCUUGCUACUAUGCCUCGUUGA